AUUUUUUAUUGCAUGAAAAUAAUUGCGUUGUUUUGGAAUUCGUUUCUAUUAAAACUCAGCUGUUGAUUUUAUAUACAUAUGUACAUAUCUCCAUAUGCUUUCUGUGCCUUUCCAAAGUGGGUAAAUUUGCGCUUCGAUAUAUUAUAUGCAUACAUACGUAUUUCUGAGCAUACUCAUACUGUUUUUAUAUGUACAUAUGCAUGUGUAAUGACAUAUGCGCAUUAUAUGAUUCGUCGGCCCGGCAGUACUCAGUGAGUCACAUGUAUUUCUCUUUAACAUAAACAACAACUACAGCAACAGCAAUAACCUGAAAAUUCAGCUGAAUGGCAAUAAAUUUAGCUCCAAGAGCGCCAAGCGAAUGAAAUGUUUAAACAAACACACAGAUAUGUAUAUGAAAUACUCAUAGUCGCUUCAACCUUCAUUGCAUAUGUGUGUAAAAAGCUAAUGCAGUCCGAGGCACAGGGUUGCAAUUGACAUAAGCGAAAGGAAAUUGUUUUGUUGUGCAAAUGAAAAGUGUAUUUAUUAUAACGAGCAUUGAAAGGGCUUAUACUAAAAUAGUACUAUAUUUAUAGGCUUGUUUAAUUUCAAGCGGAAAACUUGAGCAUAACAUUUUAAAAUAUACUCCAUGUACAUGCAGAAUUUAUUCUGAAAUUAUUGAGAAAUGUCCGAACUUUUGCUGUAAGCCCCGCAAAUCCAUCUUAUUUCUGCGUCACAUUUAUGCUUGACAUUCUCUCUUUCAAGACGAUUCGCCAAUUUCUCCUCAGAGAGCGAGUUGUCAUCAAAUUUUAGCUUUGCGAAACGAAAAGCAAGAGAAAAAAGAAACAAACUAAAACCGGUUAAACGAACGAACAACCUUUAUACAUAUUUUUGUUUUGUAUACUCCGUUCGUGAGUAAAUUCUUGCUGGCGCAAUGCAACACUGAAUUAACUUAGCACGACCAGCCAGUCAGCCAUUCUCUAACGUCAGACAGCAGCAGCAGUUCCGAUGCCUUGUCGUAGUAUGCGUUGAAAUUAGUGUAUGGAAGCAGUUGAUGAAGUGAAACGUCUGUGCGAGUGAAUCUCUUUCGUAUCGAUUUAGUGUCAAAAGUAAAGAAAACAAGGGGAAAUCGAAUUUAAAAUUAUACAAAAUAUUUAAAAUGUACGAUCCCAGAAACUAUUUUCCAAAAAACUACCAUUCCACUGGAAUUGGUUUAGUGAAUUUAGCCGCACUUGGCUAUAAUAAAAAUGAACAAAGUGCUAGUGAAACACCAAAAACGGGUCUAUAUCCGGCGCUGCCAUAUCCAACUGCACCGCCAGAUCCAAACGCUGUACGCUUAAGCUAUGGCAUGCCUACACCACCAACGCAAAUGCCUGGAAUUCAAAGUUCAGCACCAUAUCCACCAUCAUCUGCUGUGCCAUAUCCCCCACGACAAUCGCUGUAUCCGACCUUGGGACCGCAACCUUCACAAAAUGUGCCUUACCCGACUGGCAUGCCACAACCGUAUGCGCCAUACCCAACGGCGCCAUAUCCAACUGCGUAUCCAUCGGCGGCGGCGCCAGCGCUGCCCUAUCCAAUGAUGCCAACUGGCAUGCCAUUGCCUUACAGUGUGCCACCACCUACAUCACCUUCCAGUCUCUAUCCGACGAUACCUACACUACCAGAUGGUGCAAUGCCAACAUAUGGUGGUGGUGGUGGUUGUAUUGUAAGUGAAUCAGCGAAUGAGAAACUACCAUCACCAGAUGAGGAGCCCUCUGUAGGUGUACCGGAGAUACCCUUCUCCGCUGUAAAAGUACCUGAAAGCGAGAAUAUGUUCUGGAUGAAGGAGAAGACAAGUGAAUUGCGCGGACGAGAUGAUUCACAUGUGCCAUAUGAUACGCUACGUAGCAGUUGCUUAGACAAUGGCACAUUUUUUGAAGAUCCAGAUUUUCCAGCGAAUAAUGACUCACUUAUGUUUUCACGCCGCCCUGAUCGUUACAUUGAAUGGCUGCGUCCGCACGAAAUUGCCGAUGAUCCACAGUUCUUUGUUGAUGGUUACUCGCGUUUCGAUGUGCAACAAGGUGAAUUGGGCGACUGUUGGCUGCUGGCAGCUGCAGCGAAUUUGACCUCGGAUCCAAACUUGUUCUUCCGUGUGGUGCCGCCAGAUCAAAGCUUUGAAGAAAACUACGCUGGUAUAUUCCAUUUUUGCUUCUGGCAGUAUGGAAAAUGGGUGGAAGUGGUGGUUGAUGAUCGAUUGCCAACAUACCGUGGAGAACUGAUAUAUAUGCACUCCACAGAGCGCAAUGAAUUCUGGAGCGCUUUAUUAGAAAAAGCUUAUGCUAAAUUACAUGGUUCCUAUGAGGCGCUUAAAGGCGGUACCACAUGCGAAGCUAUGGAAGAUUUCACCGGUGGCGUUACUGAAUGGUAUGAUUUGAAGGAGGCGCCACCAAAUCUAUUCAACAUACUCAUUAAAGCCAUGAAUCGCAACUCUUUGAUGGGUUGCUCAUUGGAACCAGAUCCAAAUGUAUUUGAGGCAGAAACUCCACAAGGACUUAUACGCGGUCAUGCCUAUUCAAUAUCCCGGGUGUGCAUGAUCGAUAUACAUACCCCAAACCGUCAAGGUAAAUUGCCGAUGAUACGUAUGCGCAAUCCGUGGGGAAAUGAUGCCGAAUGGAAUGGACCUUUCAGUGAUAACUCUGCAGAAUGGCGUUACAUACCUGAUUCACAGAAAGAAGAGUUGGGACUCACUUUCGACGCAGACGGCGAAUUUUGGAUGCCUUUCCAAGAGUUUCUGAAUAAUUUCGAUCGCGUAGAGAUUUGUAAUUUGUCACCGGACUCGUUGACCGAAGAGCAGGAAGAUAGUGGCAAGAGAAAAUGGGAAAUGAAAAUGUUUGAAGGUGAAUGGGCAGCUGGUGUUACAGCUGGCGGUUGCCGCAAUUUUCUAGAAACUUUCUGGCAUAACCCGCAAUAUGUGAUCACACUGACCGAUCCUGAUGAAGAUGACGAUGAUGGCAAAUGUACAGUCAUUGUUGCAUUGAUGCAGAAAAAUCGCCGUUCAAAACGCAAUCGUGGUAUGGAAUGUCUAACAAUCGGUUUUGCGAUUUAUCACUUAACCGAUCGCGACAUGGAAACACGGCCACAGGGUCUAAAUUUCUUCAAAUAUCGCGCUUCUGUGGCACGUUCACCACACUUCAUUAAUACACGUGAAGUAUGUGCGCGCUUUAAGUUGCCGCCUGGCAAUUAUCUAAUUGUGCCCUCGACCUUUGAUCCCAACGAAGAGGGUGAAUACAUUAUACGUGUGUUCUCCGAGACCGCAAACGUCAUGGAUGAGAACGAUGAUUCAGUGGGCUAUUGUGAGGUGGAUGAUCGUAUUAAACCAAAUAUACCGCCACCUAAAGAAGAGGAUCCACAACGUGAGAACUUACGUCGCCUCUUCAAGAGUAUUGCUGGCAGCGACAUGGAAGUGGAUUGGAUGGAACUUAAACGCAUACUCGAUCAUUCACUGCGAGACGUAAUGAUCGAUGGCAACACAUUUUCGAAAGACGCUUGCCGUUCGAUGGUUGCUAUGAUGGACAAAGACCAAUCGGGUAAUUUGGGUUUCGAAGAAUUUGAAUCGCUACUCACAGACAUUGCCAAAUGGAAAGCGGUAUUUAAAUUCUACGAUCGCGAUCACAAUGGUGAAAUAGAAAGUUUCCAAUUGCGUGACGCACUCAAUUCGGCUGGUUACCGCCUGAAUAAUCGAGUGUUGAAUGCGUUGGGACGUCGUUACACGUCACGCGAGGGGAAAAUCAGCUUUGAUGACUUUUUGAUGUGCGCCGUGAAGACAAAGACCUACAUCGAUAUAUUCCGCGAGCGCGACACGGAUGAAUUAAAUCGGGCGACAUUUAGUAUGGAUGAAUGGCUCGAACGCACCGCUUACUCAUAAGCUCGCUAAUAUAUGUACAUAUAUCGGGCUUGCUGCCAAAUUGAAACCGGUGCCACUGCUGCUGUUACUAUUCUGCUUCAGCCGUUAUAGAAGCUAUGCCGGCUUACCGGUCGCAUACAAAUUGCAGUUAUAAACAGUGUUACCUACUUAUCUCUACAAAUGUCAUAAUUAUAUUAAUAUCGUAUGUAUAAAUAUAUAAUUUUUUGUAUUUCAUCAAUUAACACGAUAUAUGAAUAAUGAAAAGGAAAGGAAACGAAACAAGUCACGAAAAUGGAAUGGAACAAAAACAAGUAUUCAAUGCUUAUACAUACAAUUAUACACAAAUGUACAACACAUACAUAUAAAACUAUCUACAAAGCGAGUGCAAAUUUUAAGACUUUAAGCAACAACUUCGAAGAUGAACGUUAGUAUAAUAAAUAAAACCAGUUUUCUUAUACAUACCUACA